AUGGUCCUCUUCAACUACUCCGAGCUUCAGCUCGGACCGAAUACUACCCGCCUCGUCCGUCUUCUACCAUCCGAGAAAGACAAUACCCCCAUAAGAUGCGAGCUCUUCACCUAUGUACUGCCAGAGAGCACUGGUAGAAAGCAUCUCUAUGAGGCGUUGUCCUACGUAUGGGGCAGCCAAAGCGAGACUCAAACAAUAACUGUGAAUGGGUGUGAUUUUCAGGUUACACGGAACCUUUAUACAGCCUUAUUACACCUGCGAAACCAUCAGCUGCAGAGAACAAUAUGGAUUGACGCAAUAAGUAUCAAUCAAGCGGAUGAUGAUGAGAAGAGCGAGCAGAUCCCUCUUAUGCGGUCGAUUUAUGCACAAGCUGAUCGCGUUCUUGUCUGGCUUGGAGAAGCUAUGCGGGAUGGUGAUGAAGCACUCAAAUUAAUUCAACGCUUGGCCGGGGAUAGAAGCCUAUGGGGUGAAGAGUCAUUGGAUCUAUGUUCAAGAUUAUCACAGCGCGAUUGGUUCAAACGUACAUGGGUACUUCAGGAGGUUGGUGUCGCCCGAUGCAUCUCUAUCCUCUGUGGGUCCGUGGAGAUCAAUGGGCAUGUUUUCUGUGAAGGACUCGAAAAUUGCAGAGUCCCGUUGCCAAGCUUUAUCUACCCAGUCCUUCACCUGAUCAAGGGCUCGUAUCUCCGACCAAGUUUUGAAAUUGAUUCACAUGGAACACUUGCUCUAGGUGAAUUGCUUGAUAUGUACCGCUUUCACAAGGCAAGUAUGCUACACGACAAAAUAUACUCCUUGCUAGGCCUGUGCGUUGAAAAUCCUGAUGAAGUCGGGUUAAAGCCCAACUAUCAUCUUCCAUGGAACGAGGUCUUCAAGCAGGCCAUUAUGCAUGUAUUCCCAAGUUCAUGCUCUGCGGAGACAUGGCCUGAGUCACCGGUUGCUGUGAUCAAAGGAAAAGGAUUGGUUCUAGGUUAUGUUGGCUAUGUUCAAAAGGGAAUUCUCAAGUCUGGCUUUCAACAGAUCGAGGUAAACUAUAAUGAAACCGCUCACUCACUAGGUUACCAAGAAAAAUGGGGCACUAAGUGGAGACUUAGAGUUUCUGCGGAGUCAGUUGAGAAAGGUAAUAUUAUCUUUCUAUUAAAGGGAGCCUCAAGUCCAAUCAUCGUUAGACUCUGCAGCGGUUAUUUCACUGUCGUCGUAAGCACAACAGCACUUCAGUCACAUGACGAUAUAGAAAGGUCUAAUGGGGUUUUUAUCCCAAAGGAUUUCCUUACAAAAGGCUCUCUUAACGACAUUGUCUUGGUUUGGGACAUAUCCUCAGCUGAUGGAGAAAAGACUAAAGCAUAUGACGACCAAAAUGACCUCAUCUACUUGGUACCACAUUACCAAGAGAAAGCAUCUGAGAAGAAAAAUAGACUACAAGAAAUAUCACUCAUCUCAGAAGGCAUCAUGAUACAUAUACUGCAACAAAAUAGGCCCAGCACUCUCAUGAAGGAGCUAUGCCAGAUCAUUCGACGUCAUGGAAUAGGCCGACAAGACCACGAUAUAUUAAUCAGGACAGAUUUAACAAACGGAGAAAUUUGUGGGAUUAUAAUCAUGGAGCAGCUCCUGAAACACUGUAGAGACAGCCUACUAGUCUCUAAGAAUGUGGUUGCGGCGGCAGCAGCAAAUGAGAAACUUUUGGGGUUCAUAGUACUGGAGCGACUCCAGAAAUACUGUGGAAAGCUACCGGUCACUGAGGAUGUGGUCAAGGCAGCAGCAGCAAAUAAAGGACUUUAUGGGUAUAGGAUCAUUAAGAAACUCCUGCAACACUGCGGAGAAAGCCUACCGGUCUCUGAAGAAGUAAUCAAGGAAGCAGCAGCAAAUAGGGGAUUUUAUGGGCAUAUGAUCAUGGAACAACUCCUAGAACAUUGUGGACGAGGAAGCAUAAUAGUCUCUGAAGAUGUGAUCAAGGCAGCAACAGCAUAUAGAGGUAAUUAUGCGGAUGAGAUCAAACGGCAGAGCCUGGAAGAUUUCGACAAGAGACUACCAGAUCUUGAUGAUCUGAUUGAGAAACUAGCAGCACAUAAAGAGCAUGGGCAGGAGCUACUCCUAGCUUUUGGAAAGUUAGUGGGCAACCAGAAUCUAGGAUGGGCUGCAGGAUGA